UCAUGCAAUUAGAACAGAUUUUAGAAACACACACAAAUAAGCACACAUAAAGAGUAACUUUUAUUUUCAUGGAAUACGUGGAACGUCUCGAACAUCUUUAACAACGUGAAUAAUUGUCCUUAUCCGCGCUUAUUAAUAAAACCCUUUAUCUGUAUCUUUGAAACAGGUCAGUCUGAAAGACUGAUUACUCGCGGAUAUUAUGAGGACAAUAUAUCUUUUAGCCAUUAUUUCCGUUUUCGUAAUACUCCAUGAAGUCGAAAGCGGAUUAUACGGUUCCAGGCAGAAUAUCAAGCAUUACAAGAUGAAUGAGAAAUUGGGAGCAGAUUUAGCAGCGUCCAAGAAUCAAUCACAACCGCUUCCAGGUCGGAAAAUUCAUGUAUCAGCUUGGGGUAUCAUCGGAUUAAUUGUAGGCGCUAUCGUAUUCACUAUGAUAACUUACUACAUCUUUCUAUUGUAUCCAUAUAUAUGCAAAAAGGAUACAAGCUAUGACGUCAUAGAAUUAGCAGAUGUUGACUCUAUGUCCAGUGUUCGUGUUAAUAUUAAUAAUGUACCACGUGUUCCAUUGAGAGCAUUUUGCGACUCAAAUGAUAUAUCAAAUAACAUAUCAAAUAAUGCACCAUUAGAUAUAUAGACCUGAAA